ACUCAAAGGGCACUCCACCAAAGGGAGGCAAGCCAAAGCCUGCCAUUACCACCGUGGCUUUCUGGAACUGGUAUCUACCUAAGGCCCGAGGGAGCCCAUUAUGAAAACACGCGUUUCCAUACAUCCCCAACUAACACGCUAAGCAAUUUGUACUCUGCUGAGGAAGGCUGCUGAGGAACUGAAAAAUUUUUUGACAUUGAGAAGACAGUCACAUGAUUUGGGUGGUUUUCUAGAAGAUGACCAUAGAGGACCUCCCGGAUAUUCCAUUGGAAGGAAGCUCUCUGAUUGGAAGAUACCCAUUUUUGUUCACAGGCUCCGAUACAUCUGUUAUCUUCUCCAUUUCUGCAGCACCGAUGCCUUCGGACUGUGAGUUUUCUUUCUUUGAUCCUAAUGAUGCAUCAUGCCAGGAAAUUCUCUUCGAUCCCAAAACUUCAGUCUCAGAAUUAUUUGCUAUUUUAAGACAGUGGGUUCCUCAGGUCCAGCAGAACAUAGACAUUAUUGGAAAUGAGAUUCUUAAGAGAGGCUGCAAUGUGAACGAUAGAGAUGGACUGACGGAUAUGACUCUGUUACAUUACACUUGCAAGUCUGGGGCUCAUGGCAUCGGUGACAUUGAGACAGCUGUAAAAUUUGCAGCUCAGCUUAUAGACCUGGGAGCAGACGCGAGUUUGCGGAGUCGCUGGACAAACAUGAACGCUCUGCAUUACGCUUCGUACUUUGAUGUCCCAGAGCUUAUCAGAGUGAUUCUGAAGACAUCGAAACCAAAAGAUGUGGACGCCACUUGCAGCGACUUCAAUUUUGGGACAGCCCUGCACAUUGCAGCACAUAACUUAUGUGCAGGAGCCGUGAAAACCUUGCUGGAGCUGGGAGCGAACCCUGCCUUCAGGAACGACAAAGGGCAGAUCCCUGCAGAUGUUGUUCCAGACCCAGUGGACAUGCCUCUGGAGAUGGCCGACGCUGCAGCGAUCGCUAAGGAAAUCAAACAGAUGCUCUUGGAUGCGGUGCCUCUGUCCUGUACCAGCUCGAAGGCCAUGCUUCCAAACUCUGAUCACACCACCAGCAGGGCCAUGCUGACAUCUCUCGGCCUGAAGCUGGGGGACCGUGUGGUCAUUGCAGGGCAGAAGGUUGGAACAUUAAGAUUUUGUGGAACAACAGAGUUUGCAAGCGGGCAGUGGGCUGGCAUUGAACUGGAUGAGCCAGAAGGGAAGAACAAUGGCAGUGUUGGGAGAGUCCAGUACUUCAAGUGUGCCCCCAAAUACGGUAUUUUUGCGCCCCUUUCAAAGAUAAGUAAAGUAAAAGAUGGGAGGAAAACCACCACACACACUCCUUCCACGAGAGCUGCCCCACACGCCCGAUCCCAGAAGGUCGAUGUAGCCCACGUCACAUCCAGAGUCAAUUCCGGGUCGAUGACAUCUAAAAAAGAGAACAAUGCUUCUGAAUCCACACUGGCAUUGCCUCCCAGUGAAGAACCGAAAACUGUAGCAGAAAAUGAUGCUACCCAGCCUGGGUCCAUCAGCAGCUCCUCCUCCACAUCCUCCCUGGACCACAAGCAGAGCUACCCAAAGAAGCUGACCCCAAGCAGCGGUGGCAAGAAGGCUCUGAGCAAAAGCCCCUCCCUCCCGGCCAGAGCCAGUGCUGGUUUGAAGUCUUCAGCCACAUCUUCAGCAAAUAGCAGUCACCGUGAAGGAGCGCUCCGCCUUGGAGAAAGGGUGCUGGUCGUAGGCCAGAGAGUAGGCACCAUUAAGUUCUUUGGAACAACAAACUUUGCUCCAGGGUAUUGGUAUGGCAUAGAGCUGGAGAAGCCCCACGGGAAGAAUGACGGUUCGGUUGGAGGUGUGCAGUAUUUUAGUUGCUCUCCGAGAUAUGGAAUAUUUGCACCCCCGUCCAGGGUGCAGAGGCUAUCAGAUUCCCUGGAUACGCUUUCAGAAAUAUCUUCAAAUAAACAGAAUCAUUCUUAUCCUGGUUUUAGGAGAAGUUUCAGCACCACCUCUGCUUCCUCUCAAAAAGAGAUUAACAGGAGAAAUGCUUUCGCCAAGACCAAGACCACCCUGCGCCGCAGCUGGAGCAGUUCCACCACGGCGGGUGGCCUGGAGGGGACCGCGAAGCUCCACGAAGGGUCUCAGGUCCUGCUCACGAGCUCUAACGAAAUGGCCACGGUUAGGUACGUGGGUCCCACGGACUUUGCCUCGGGCAUCUGGCUUGGACUGGAGCUCCGAAGUGCCAGGGGGAAAAAUGACGGCGCUGUGGGUGACAAGCGCUAUUUCACCUGUAAGCCGAACUACGGGGUGCUGGUUAGACCAAGCCGAGUGACCUACCGCGGGAUUAGUGGGUCAAAGCUCAUCGAUGAGAAUUGUUGAGCUAACCGCCUAAAGCGCCGAGCUUCUCUGAAUACAUAUAUGAAAAACAGAUGAAAAAUAGGGUCUAUGACAAAGGGUUUACUUAGCUAUUAUGUAAAAGCUGAAAAUAGAGCGAUCUUCAUAAAAAUCUCCAAAGGAACACAGAUAUGAACUUUGAGGGUCAUGGUUCUUUUGAAAAUAAUCAGAAUGAGCACUUUUAAAAAAACUUCAGGUCCCAAGAAAAUUUGGGGACAAAAAACAAAAACAAAAACAAAAACACAAAAAAACUGCACUACUUAGCAAUAUGUAUGUUGUGGUUCUUUUGCCAUCGGGCUUCAUUUUUGCACAUGGUAUAUGUUCUUCACAGAGUGAAAGUUUUCACCGCCAGCUUCAUGAUGUUCACAUGACCCUUUUCCUGUCCAGAUGUUCUGGAAUGUUCCUUUCCAUCCUCUGUGGUCUGUUACUAAAAAGUACCUAGAGAGCAGGCACUAGACAGCAGGAGGAGGGCGGGCAGUGGGUGAUGCCUGGCUCUGCCUUGCACCCAUUGACAACCACAGAGAUUUCCUUCACCUGGACCACUAACUGGCUGGGUAACAGAGCUGUGCUUGAACAUGGGUCUCCUGACUCAGUGCGUGCCUCAGCACACAGUGUGGCCUCAGGUUUCCCUUCGGCAGCUCGACUGCCCCACCAGAACGCACGACAAGAGACUUGCAGUUAGGCUUGUGAGCUCAAGGGCAGAACCUUUUUUGCACACUUCAUUUAACUCUGUUAAGUCCCCAACAUGCACAGCACUUUUGACACAUGAUGCACUUUUUACUUUUUGAGACUUUGCCUUCAUUUCCUACUGGGAUAUAAAAAUAAAAAAAAAAACUUUAAAGAAGUAUUUCACAGAAUAAAUUAAAAUGUGUUGGGCAGGGUGUGUUAUCCGUGUGGAUGUUCAUGGUGUCUGGGCUUGGGGUGGGGUUGGGAGUUAACUGUAGCUGCUGAGUUGUGCCCACUACACAGCUGCAGAGCCACGGCUGGUCGGUCAUUGUUUUGGGCACAUGUUAAACUAAACAUCAUGAUAGUGAUAUAAUAAUGUUAUGCAUUUGUCUUGUGUUAUGUAUUGAAGUUUCUGUCCUGUUACGUGUAAAAAUUUAUCCACUAUUGUAAAUAUUUAGACUUGAAACUACCACACUAAUAUUGGAACAGUUUGCUUUAUGAAAUUAAAAAUAUCCUUCCAAAUGGAACUUGCUUUUUGCUCAGACAUACACUAUUCUGAUAUUUUGCAGUAUACUAUCUUAAAUCUAAAUCUGGUCACUUUGUUGCCUUUUUUUUUUUUUUUUAAAGUGUGGUAUUUCAAAUAGAGUUAUUUUCCUGAAAUAUAUUUGCAAACUCAAGCUGCUUUAUAAUCCAGGAAUAUUUUUAUUGAUUGAAGAAAAUGACUGCUGCAAUUUAAAAGUGAACUUAUUUUACUAUAUAGAUGAUUUCUUAAGAGCUAUUUAUACCAUAAUAUAAAAUCCACGAUUGUAGUGAGUCUGUAGUUCUUCCUGUUAAUAAAUAGUAUUCAGUACUGUAUGUUAGAGACAGCAAUGCCAACAAUGAUGUUAUUUUUGAGGUAAAAGGUUGUUCUUUUCCCAUUUAGAUGGGGAUUACUAAAUCCAUAUAAUGUAUAUGCUUACGUAUGCUAUAUGUGCAAGCUAGGUGUUUUCCUUUUGCGUUUUGCUUAUUAAAUGUCAUUCAGAUUCACUUCUUGAAUAUUAAUAAAAAGGGAAGCUGUUGGA